GCCAUCAUUCAACACGUUACACCCGUGGAAAUAGCAAGAGCUGUGGAAAGGAAUAUCCUCGCUUGCUUAGCCCUGGGACUUCUGGCCAUGGUCACUCUGUGUCAUGGUGAUUGUUUCCUUUAUCCCAACCCACCUCGUCCAGUCAAUGGUAAAGUCCCCUCAGGUUGCAUGGAUCUUCAAGGUGUGUUACACCCCACUGGUUCUAAAUGGAUAGAUGAAUAUUGCUACAGAUGUGUUUGUACCAGAAAUAAAAUUUCAUGCUGCAGUACAAUUCCAGUGUUUACUGAUCUCCCCAGCGACUGUAAAUCUGUGGUGGAUAAAGACUGCAACUACAAGCUGGUGAAGAAGCAUAAACCUGACACUGAUUGUAUCAAAAUGUCUGUUAACUAAGACAUCACUCACUUACAAGAAAAUAUCUAGUCAUGUUAGACGUGUUUUUAGUCUUCCUUUGCUUUAGUCAUUAACAUUUCUUCUUUGCUAGUGAAAGAAGUAAAGUCGAGGCACACCUCACAAAUUAACUGUGUGAAUGGGUGGUUGUGGGAUUCUCCAG